AUGCAUCUAUUUAUCCUUUUGUUAAUAUUAUUCACUCAUCAAAUAGAAAGUAUCGAACAGGAAUUUAGUUGGAACAUCACAAAUACCACCAUUGAAAAUGAUCUAGAAUUAACAACAGGCUUCUUUGAUUAUAUCAACGCAACAAAUGAGACAGCUGUAGAACUCGUUCCUGAUGUGGAUAUCUCCGCACCAGUUGAACGUGUUCUACGAGCAGUCUUUCGCGCAUAUGAACCUUACUGUUGGCGUCGAUCGUACGGUCGUGGCGUUGGUCGUCCGCUACACGCUUGUCCUGAUCAUGCUUCGGAACAGGAUGGUCUUCUCUGUUAUCCAACGUGUCGGGAAGGUUACAACGGUGUUGGUCCCGUUUGUUGGGAAAUAUGUGAUAACAUAACAUCGUUUGGUUUUGCUUGUAUGGACAUUCGUAAAUCUGCUCGUUCUUGUCCUUGGUAUGAUACAUGCGGUGUGUUCAAACGCUCAUGUUCGUCAUGUCCAGAUAAUUAUACUAAUUUUGGCUGCUUAUGUGGAAGAUUUUAUCUCCGUAAUAGUUACGGUCGAGGUAUUGGCACACCAAUGAUAUGUUCAAGUAGAUAUGAACAAGAUGGUGCUUUAUGUUAUGAUCAAUGUGAUGAGAAAUACAAUGGUGUUGGUCCUGUUUGUUGGCAACAUUGUCCAUCAAGUCAGCCAUAUCCAUGUUUCGCUGGAUGUUCAGUAAGCAAACAAGAUUGUCAACUUGCAGUUAUUAACAUGAUUCAAUCUGUCGUUGGUGCUUCGAUUACACUUUUAAAUGUUAUCGUCGGUGUUCCAUUAGUGGAUUUGACAACAUUUGAUAUUCUUGCAAAUGCAGCCAAAGGUGAUUGGCCAUUAGUCGCCAAGCACAUGGCAAACUUAGCAAAAAAACUAGCUGAUAAAUUAUUACCGGAAUUGGCAAAGAAAUUCCUCGACUGGUCAUUAAGUACACUCUCAUCAGCAACGAGAAACGCAAGCAUCGCUAUCACAGCAACUGCUUUCAAAGAUAAACAAUCAUUAUUGCCUUUUCUCAAAUUGUUUCGCUUAGACUCCAUCAACUCUGCCUUCAAUCACGGAAAAUGUGAACUGAGAAACGAUUUGGAUGAAGACAGUUAA